AAUGCUCAAGCUUCUGUGAGUUGUUGAGCUCUAUAAUGUCCACCAGCAGUGAGUGCAGCUUGUUACCACUGACCCAAUCCCUUCGGUUCAAAAGUGGCUCUCUCUCCAAACCAUCAACUGAUCCUUUGUCUGGAGGUGACGGUGUCUUUGAGUGGCCCUCAGGACUCCAAUACAUAGGGGAGUAUGUGGAGCGGAAACGCCAUGGUUACGGGGUGCAGCUGUGGCCUAGUGGUGCAAAAUAUGAAGGUUAUUUCCAAGAGGACCAAAGGCACGGCUCAGGACGACACAUCUGGGAAAAUGGAGAGGAGUAUGAAGGGGAGUACCAGCGUGACAAGAAGCACGGCCUGGGGACAUACAGGUGGCCGAAUGGGGCACACAUGACGGGCAGAUUCAGACAGGAUUGCAAGGAAGGACACUGUGUCUAUGUGUCAGCAUGUGGGGAGAAGUUUGAGGGCAUGUACCAUGGUGAUGUGAGGGAGGGGGAGGGUGUCCUCACUUACCCAGGGGGCAGACAAGAUGUCGGUACUUGGAAAGGAACCAAACUGAUCAAGCUGAGGUUCAUAGUCAAAGAAGCGUACUUUAAUCCUGAUCUCCCUUCGAAGUCUCCUGAGGAGUAUAGUCUCGGAUCACCUGACCUCAAAGAAAGGGCAAGCUUUGGCCCGAAAGGACAAUUAGAGAUUGCAUCAGAAGAGCUAAUCCAGGCAGCUGGGAUUGGCGAUGUUGCCAAGGUAACCAGUCUGGUGAAGACUGGAGCCGUCCAUGUGGAUGUGUCGGACAGAAAUGGCCACACUGCACUCUUUGCAGCAGCUAUUCACUGCCAUCCCGAUGUGAUCAAUGUGCUAUUGGACAACUGUGCCAAUGUGAACAAAUUAGAUGACAUAGGAGUUACACCACUCAACGCUUGCUAUCACAUUCUCUACUGCUCAACGCGUCAGGUGAGGGCUCUGCUGAGACUGCUCCCUCGAUUGGAGUACCCCUUAUCUGACACCUCUCCUCCACUCUCUACCACACUCACUGACUGCACACUGCACACAGCCGACUUUAUGUCCACCCCUCACAACUCACACACCUCUCACACCCCUUGCUCUCACGGACAUCAUCACGACACCAUCUCCACUGAAAAAUGCUCCGAAUGUAAGAGCCUUUGUGGAAUACAGGUAUCUCAGACGCACAAUUUUCAACACACAAACACAAGCGACUUACAGAAGGUCCGCUCUUACCCUUUCCUUGAAGCACAAAACACUGGGAAAGUCACGUUCGGAUCACUUAGCAACUUGUCUAUAGAGCAAGAGCAAAGACUUAGCGACGGGAUUCUGGAAAAUCGAAGUGGAGAAAAAUCGAAAUCUCAAAACAACACAACUUUUGUCGAGAAUGAGCCUGUUGCAACCUUCAAUAUGGGUCUAGCGAUUGUGGAACAGCCUGUUGACUUAGCCGACAAUCUCAAUCACUUACAUGUAUAUCCUCCGAGCAGUCGGCCAAUGUCUAGCAGUCGGCCAAUGUCUAGCAGUCGACCAAUGUCUAGCAGUCAACCGAUGUCUAGCCUGCUGGAUAGCACACUUCUGAAUAGUGCCUUGGGGGAUCUGAAUGCUGGGUACUCGGCCACUGCCAGCGUGAAUAGCGAUAUUCUCGGAGUGAGUGUUGCCAGCACAGAUUUCUUCUCACCCAGUGCCUGCUUCCCCGAAUAUGAAGUCAGGGCAAUAAGUCAAGAAUCUAGCUCCUCUCAAGAAAGCCUACAUGAUGUCUCUUUAGCUGUGGAACCUCCUGAGAAGAAUGACGAAACUAUAAUCUUCAAAACCGACAAACUCGACAAACUCGAAACACACUUACAAGUCUCUCAAAAAACCUCCCCACGUCUGCUUCUGUUGCCCAACCAAUUACACUCUGUAGGAUUCAAGUCCCCUCUGGUCAGUUCCAGUGUGUUCUCGUCAACACAGUACGGGCCGAUUGUGAGUGCUGCACAGAGCACCAGCCUCUCCUGCAGCUCUGGGAGUCUGGCCGAGUGCUCAACUCUCUCUGAUAUCACAGAGGGCAGUCUGGUUGAACUUAGUGUGAGAAGCUUCACAGUUGAGGAGACUAUAGAUAUACUGCUGAAGAGAGGAGCUGACCCCAAUGCAUCCAGUCUCCCCCUCACACCGCUGGUCUAUGCUAUACGGUCUGGUGAUGUGCAGGCAGUGGAACGACUGGCAGAGAGAGGGGCAGACGUCAACCAAACCUUGCCACUUCAGGUGGGUGGUCACUCUUCGCUGAUGGAGGCUAUUCGUCUGGUGGGACCCAACCCAGUCUGCAUUAUUGAGGUCUUGUUGAGGUACGGGGCUCUUGUCAACAUACCUGUACAUGCCUACAGUCUGGACCCAACCAGUAAUCCUGAAGAAGCUUCUGAGAGUGGCUUGAGAUCAACAGAUGAGCCGUAUAGAGUAGUGGACAAAGGAGCUACAAGUAUUGAAUGCAGUGUGUUGGCUGGUCAGAAUAAGGGGGAGGGCAAGUACACUCCACUGCACAUUGCCUGUUCACAUAGAGAGCUCUCAGACACCACACAUGAGGAGUUGUCAAGCACAGUACUGGCUAUGGUCGACCUGUUGCUAGGAGCUGGAGCCAGUGUCAAUGUGGUUGCUAUGGGACACUCGCCUCUUUCACUGGCCAUCAUAAAUGGUCAUGACAAGGUGGUUGAAAGACUACUGGAACAUGGUGGUGAUCCGAACCUCCGGCUGGGUGCAGGAGUGGGCACAGCACUCUGCUCCCUCACCACACAGCAGGCUCUCAAGUGGAGGGAUGGUACCACUUCCCUUCGAAUGGUUGGAGAGCUCUUGCACCAUGGAGCCAGUUUCACUCAGCCAGUCAAAGUGGCUGUCAAAGUGGUUGGCUCUGUGACUGACUUUGCCCAUGCUGCACUCAAACAAGACAAGAAACUGUCCUGCCUCAAGUACAGUGCCCUGAACAAAUCCGAGCGAGCUCGUUACAUGGCCUGGAAAAAGUUACUGGACAACUUUGUGAACCUCUUCAAAUGCAGAGCAUUGUUCUCAAUCUCUCUCACCGAGUAUGCGUGGGUUCAGGUUCAAAUUGAUGCAAAAAUGGACAACAAGCUCCAAGUGAUACGAGAGAGACCAUCCUCAGCCAUCCACUUCAAGCACCCCUCAUUCCACAAGAGAACGAGGCACAUACGUAGUGCAGGGGGUAUGCCGUGUAAGAGGAGGGGCAAAGCCGAGCUACUCCCUACCUUCCCUCUACACACACUCGGCAGAGCACUUGCGAAGGUUACCAAACAUCAUGGGCCCACUCUGAAUGGUGGUGGCAGCAAGAUAGUGCUAGAAGAAGAAACUGCUCAAACUCUGAGCUCCAAAAAAUCGCAGGAAAAACGAUUGCUACAAUUGAAAGAUUUGUUUGGUUCAGCUUUGGAGAUGUUUCGACUCAGUACUACUACUACUAUUGAAGGGACUGCCUCAGAGGAUCAUACGUCCGCCGCAAACUACUCACCCCCCAAACAAGAGCAAUGGACCCUAUCGUGUUUCUGUUACGAGUGUGGACGGAGUGGGGUGCGACUGAUCAAGUGCCCUGGGUGUUGUUACUUAUACUAUUGCAGUCAGGCAUGUCGAGUGGAGGGCUACAAGAAGGGGCAUAAAGAAGAGUGCUCAGGGGGAUUCGUCAAACCAGCCAGCAAAACACCAAAACAGCCACGUAGUAGACAGAUUUACAGGGCUUUUUAAUGCGUUUUCCUGUGUACAGUCCAUUUUAAUCCUGUUGUCAAUCUGUUGUCAUGCCAUUAUAACAUUUUUAUUUGAUAUUG